AUGCCUGAGCAGCCGGCUGGUGAGAAGCGCCUUUUCGUCAUAAAUUAUGUCAGCGGAUAUCCGCACGCGAAACGAAUCGACUACGGCGUUUGUACAUAUAUGAAUCACUUUAUUGCCUCAGAAUCGUAUAACGGUUCAGUACCCAGGAACAGGGACGUGGACGUAGUAAAUUCUGUUCUCUUUGCGGUGCUUUAUGACCAAACCAUUGGUUGUUAUUACAACAUAAAAUUGUCAGACGAUUCUUAUGGAAUAGUAUUAGAUAUAGAGGACAUUGAUGUAUCUCUGUGCACUCAUCUAAUUUACAGUUUCGUUGGACUCGGUAAAGAUGCAUCUAUUCAAACUCUAGAUGAUAUCCAAAAUGAUGAAUUUACAAAAUUCAACGAUCUUCGGAAAAAGAAUCCACACUUAAAUACCUUAAUUUCCUUGCCGGAUACAAAUGAUGAUUUUGAGCAUACUAUUACUAAUAAUAAGAUAUUAACUGAUCCAAAUUUGCGAGAAACUCUUGUUGAUAAUAUUGUCAAUUUUUUGCAAAAAUACGGAUUCAAUGGAGUGGAUAUCGAUUUGUCAUAUGCAAAGUUAAGUGGUGGAGUUUCUCCUAUUAAGGAGAAUUCCGUCUUACUCUUAAAGGCACUCAGAGAAAAAUCGGACGAGGAAGAUUUCAUCUUAUCUGUAGCUGUAGAUCCUACUGAAGAUAUUGCUAGGAUAUUAUAUGAUAUUAAAGAAAUAGCCACUUAUGUCAACUUCAUAAAUUUAAAGACUUACAAUUUUCACGGAAUUUCUAAAGCGGGCAAGAAAGUUGAUGUUGCCCAUACUUCUCCACAUUAUCCAUCAUCAAACGAAAAUCAGAAGAGACGCAAGAUGAACAUUGAUGAUGUUGUGCAAUACUGGAUUUCAGAAGGUGCUCCAGCGAGAAAGUUAAUUCUCGGAAUUCCUUUCUACGGUAUAUCCUAUACUUUGGCUAAUCCGAAACAAAUUUCCAGAGACACGCAAUUUACUGAAGAAGUGAAGAUGGGUAGUCAACUACAAUAUUACCAAAUUUGUUCAUUAGCAAAGGACCCAAAAUGGAUGCAUUUCUAUGAUAAAAAGCAGCAAGUGCCAUAUGUUUUUCGUGGGAAUCAAAUUAUUGCCUAUGAUGAUGUUAAAUCCAUUAAGAAGAAGGCUGAAUAUGUAGAAAAAAUGAAUCUUGGGGGUGUCUCGGUUUGGACUAUAAAUCAAGAUGAUUUGCGUGGACAAUGCGGAGAAACGUUUCCACUUCUAAAGACCUUGAACCGAGCCAUUAGACAAAAAUGCGGUGUGGCUACAUAUACGAGGGGCCACGCGAAGAAGCAACAAGGGCUUACAUUGCCGCCAAGGGUAUGGAUGCGAUGUCAGUUCCUAAGCUCUGCUCCAGGGACUUCACCGAUAUUAAGUGAGACUCAGGGUUCGAGGCGGAGAAAAAGUAAGGGUGUAUUUCACCUCGGCUCGGUUCCCAGGCGACCCUGA